GUGCCACACCGUAUUAUCAAUCCGUCGAUCGCAAAACAUUGCACAAAAAWCCUCCGAAUAUCUGGUUUUACAUCAUAAAUUUGCAACAAUAUACAAAACCGAUACAAAAAUUUGACCAUGGGAUGCUGUAACGCAAAAGAGCAAGACGUGGUGCAGCCAGGAAACGAGAAUAAUGUGACACCCAACAAACAAAAAAGAUCUUCUUCUGAAUCUUCAAAUGGGGCGCCGAAAAAGGGGGGGCUAUUUGGUAGUGGAAAAAAAAUGUUUGAAAAGAAAUCGAAGAAACCAUCUGAACCCGCCCCUCCUCYGAAUUCGAUUCCAGCUGACGGGCCACAAGCACCGCCGCCUGGAUGGGGAGGCACACCCGAAGUAGAAGAAGAAGAAGACGAAUAUUCCGCCGACCGAUCGUCGGGACCUCGUGACAUCAAUGACAUCGCCGGAGAGCAUGGAUACAUUAGUGGCACACGAAAAGACCACGAAAUCAGCAAUGCCGUCAAGGACAAAAUCAAAACACUGGAAAAAUUGGGAGUAAAGACAAAAAAGAAAAUGGACAGGAAAAUGCUAACUCCAAGAAUUAUUACAGACGUAAAAGAGACUUGGGAUAAGGAAGGGAACAUAACUCGAUACAUGACACAUUACGUCGAAGAUCCCGACGGUAGAAAGUACACAAAGAAAGAAACUGUUCACAUUGCCGCGGGGGAGCCUGAUCCACUCGCAGCUUCCGAGUAAAACUGAAUACUCCGACCUAAUAAUAACGAAACRAGAGACCUGUUCAUUGRCUCUUUUUCCGCAUCCGCAAUCGUUGGCGUGGGUGCGUUGAAUGAUGUUGAAGUUUGUUUGCUCCCUGUACUUGUUGGUAUACCUUUUAAUGAACCGAAUAGCAAGCAGAGGCGGCGUCUUUGAGAAUGAGGAUAUUCUGUUGCUGUUACAGUGAAURUGACUUGGCAAGGAAGUUAGUGACUGCUUCAUGAUACGAUAAAAACAGAGAAYGAAA